AUGUAAAAGAAGUCAAGUAUUUUUGAAUAUAGAGAUGACAUAAAUGGGAGAGUAGCAGUUGUAUUUCAAUGGAGUUUUGACUACAAUUUCUUAGUAUGUGGAGGGGAUAAAUCAGUAGUUUAUAUGAUUGAUAAGUAAAUGUCAUAAUGAAAUUAGACGAGGGAAGCGUUUGAAAGACAUUUAAUUACCAACAAACAAUAAAUUAUUAUAAUUAGAAUGGGAUAAAGAUGGUGAAUAUAUUUGCAUAGUAUAAGUAUAAAAGAAUAAUAAUUAAAAAAGGAUGGUUUGAAUCAUGUAAAUUUAUGGGCACCAUUUACAAAUAAUUCUUAAUUGAUAUAAAUAGAAUUGGAUAAUGUUAAAGCAAAAGUAUCAUAUGCAAAAUGGUCUAAAAGUCAUGGAAUUUUAGCAAUUGGAUCAGAUAAGGGUGGUUUAUUGUUCUAUACAAAAAAAUAAGCAAAAAAAUUACCAACGAUGGGAAAGCAUAGUAAGAAAAUUAUAAGUGGUGAUUGGAAUAAUGAAGGAUAUUUAAGUAAGUAUUUUAUGAUAUAUUUAUAUAGUAACAAGUGGAGAAGAUAAAUUUUUAACAGUUUCAAAUUAUAAUUCUGAAACUAUGUUUGAAUCUAUUCCUGUUAAAGCUGAAGCUAAAAAUGUACUUUGGUCAAGAUCUAAGACAGAUUCAAGAGAAUAAAUAUAAAGAACAGUCACUGCAAUUAUUUAAUAAAAAACAAUUAUUAUGUUUGAAUUAGGGAAAAAUCAUAAAAUGCCUGAUGAACUUAUGUUUGAAAAUAAAUAUGGUAAAAUCGUAGAUUAUACAAUUUUUGGUGAUGGAUAUUUAGUUAUUGGAUUUAGUGAAGGAUAUGUUGCACAUAUUUCGACACAUAGAAAAGAAAUUAGUAAUUAUUAUUAUUAAUAUAUUUAUUAGAAGAUGAAGUACAAAGCGAAAGAUUAUUAAAAUCAGUGGAUGCUAUGUGUACAAAUGAUAAUAUUUAUAAAUUGGCAGUAGCAGGAGAUGGUUAAAUAAAAAUGGUCAAUCUAUAAACAUGGUAGGAAAUUGCUGCUGAAAAAAUUGAUUUACCUAAUGAUUGUGGUCGUGUUUCUAAAAUGUAUUUAUUUAUUAUAGCAAUUUUAAGGGUUUGGAGUUAAAAUGGAUAAAUAUUAGUAGUUUCUACUGAAAAAGGUUGUUUACUUGGAUUUUAAACUUAAAUUCCAACAUUAACAGCAUCAUAUUUAUCUAUGAUUGCAUUAUAAUAAUCAUUUACAGAAAUUAACAUCUAUUCAACUUAAGAGUAAUCAUUAAAUGAAAUAUCUAAUGUUACUUUAGAAAAUGAACCUGUUUAAAUUUCUAUGAGUAUGUAAUAUUUUGCUGCUGGAUUAAAUAAUAUGGUAUUUUAUUAUAAAUAUUUGGAAUUAAAAAGUAAAACGGCAUAUAAACCUGCUAAAUAAGUUAUGAAAAUGGAUUAUUUAGGUUAUGUCAAUCAAAUUCUGUUGAAUGAAGAAUCUGCUGCAAUUCUAAGUAAUAAUGUUUGCAUUUUUCAUAAAAUCGAAUAAACAGGAGAUUAUGUUAAAUAGUAAUUUAUUAUAUUACAAAUGUAGAUAAUUUCCUGAUAAUGAUUAGGAAAAACCUAUUUUACAUAUAGGAUUGACCAAAAAUUUUCUAUUUUUAUUGGAUUCUCAAUCAAAAAUAAGAGUUUACAAUGUUUUUGAGAAAUAAUUUAUUAUUGAGUUUAAAAAUGAUUACAAUUUGACUAAAAUAUUUCCAAAUAUAAGUGGAACAAGAUCAAUUUGUAUUAAUAAUAAAGGAUAAGGUUUUUUAUUUGAAGCAUCUAUGGAAUUAUUAACAAAGAUAUCUUAGUUUCCAGAAAAGACAGAGAGAAUUAUAUGGGAUUAGAAAGAUCCAAAUUUAUUUGUAACAUAAGAAACAAAUUCACUUACAACAUAUAUAGUUAAUAAAAAUAAUUUAUAAUAAGAAAUGGUACAUCCAGUGUUGGAAUAUUUAUCAAUGGAAGAUUUAUAAAAAACAUCUUCUACGAAUCCAUCAAUAACAGAAAUAGAAAAAGGAGUUUAAGCUUUAAGUUUAACAAAUGGUACUUUAAAAUGUUUUACAAUGUUAAGAAAUAUUAUUGGUUAACCAUUAAUGAGUCAUUCAUAUUUGAAUUCAUAUAAAGGAUCAGAUGAUACAAAUGAAGGACAUUUUAGAUAUUUUUUAUAGAAUUUAGCUUUGUUUAAAUUUGCAAAUGCACAUAAGGCAGCUUUGAAUUUAAAGAAUUUAAAAUUAUUCGAUACUUUUGGUAGAAAAUGUUUAGAGAAUUUAGAAUUUGAUGUAGCCUAAAAAGCCUUUUAAAAAGCUAACAAUAUAUCAAUGGUAAUGAUGAUAUAAAGUUUCAAAAAUGAGACAGAAAAGAAUUUAUUAUUUGCAUAUGUGGCAAUGAUAUUAGGUUAACAUGAUUUAGCAUAAGAUUUAUUCUUAAAAUCAUCAUAUAGAUUAGGUGCUUUAGAAUUAAGAAGUGAUAUUUAAGAUUAUGUGAAUGCUUUAUCAUUAGCAAAAAAGAUAGCUCCAGAACAAGAACCAUUUAUUUGUAAAAGAUUAGCAAUACAAAUUGAAACUUAAGGUAAUAAUCCAGAAGCAGUAAAAAUGUAUGAGAUGGCUAUGCUUAAUGAAAAACUUCAUGAUUCAAAAACAGUAGAAACACAUAAUCAAUAAUGCAUAGCUGGAAUUGCACGUUGUUCUAUUAAAAUGGGUGAUAUUUUAAGAGGAUCUAGUCUUUCAAGAUAGAUUACAGAUUCAUUGAUUUUAUAAGAAAUUGCGUUGGUUUGUGAAAAUAUGAAAUUUUAAGUAGAAGCUGCUGAAUUAUAUGAAUAAGCAGGUUGUAUAGAGAAAGCAGCAACUAUUUACAUUACAUAGAAGAUGUUUAAAUAGGCUGCUCCAUUAAUGAAUAAAGUUAAAUCUCCAAAAUUAUUAAUUUUAUAUGCAAAAGCAAAAGAAAGUGAAGGAGCAUUUUAAGAAGCCGAAAAUGUAUAUGAAAAAGCAGAAGAUUGGGAAAAUGUAGUACGUUUGAAUUUAAAUUAAUUGAAUAAUAUAGAAAGAGCUAAAUUUAUAUUACGUAAUAAAUGUAAGACAGUUACUCUUGCAUCAAUGGUAGCUUAAUAUUGUGAAAGAAGAGGAUCUAAAGCAGAAGCUGUAGAAUUCUUAAUUUUAGCAGAAAAGAAAGAAUAAGCAUUUGCAUUGGCUUAAAAUUAUAAUGAAAUGGAUUCUUAUGUUGAACAUAUGAAAGCAUUUUCAUUAGAAGAAAGAUUAUAAGUAGCUUAGUAUUUUGAAGGAAAGAAUUAAUUAGAUAAGGCUGCGUUUCAUUAUGAAAAAGCUUAAGAUCCAAUGAAAGCUUUGAGAUUAUAUUAAUAAGCAGGGGAAGAAUUCAUUAAUGAUAUGAUAGAUUUAGUAGCACGUAAUAAGUAAGAUUCACUUAUUUAACAUUUAUCGGAUUAUAUUAAUGGUGAUACUGAUGAUAUUCCUAAAGAUCCUAUCUUUUCAUUAAAAUUACAAAAAGCGAUUGGUAAUUUAUAAGCAGUUGGAAGAAUUGCUAUUACUAUUGCAGCAUCUGAAUAGGAAUGUGGUAAAUAUAAAGAGGCGCACUAAUUUUUAUUUGAAACUUGUGAUGAUUUAAAAUCAAGUGGUAAUUAAAUACCAUUUGAUUUGUAUUAAAAAUUAAUGACUUUACAUUCAUAUACAUUAGUUAAAAAGAUAAUGAAAUUAGAUGAACAUGAAGAUUUAGCAAAAUUAUUAGAUAGGGUAUGUAAAAGUAUUAGUUAAUUUCCUAAUGGUGCAACAAAUAUCUUAACUAUGGCAGUGAUUGAAGCUACUAAAGCUAAUUUUAAGUAAUACUAAAAUAUUUAAUAUAAAUUUUUAGAUCAUUAGCAUAUUAAUGGGCUAUAACUUUAAUGAAACAAGAAUAUAGAUCAUAAAUUAAUGAGAAAUUUAAAACUAAAAUUGAAAACAUUGCAAGAAAACCAAUUAAGGAAGAAAUUCCAGAUAAAAAAACACCGUGUCCAUUUUGUGGAGUAUAUAAUCUAAAUUGAUUAUUAGGAAUUUGUAUCAGAAUUUAAUCUUGAUUGUCCAAAAUGUUCAAAUAAUAUUCCAUUUUGUAUUGCAUCAGCUAAGUAAUCUAUAAUUCAACAUUAAUUAUAGACAUAUAGUAGCUGAAUAAUGUUGUUUUUGUCCUGAGUGUAAAUUUCCGGCUAAUAUUUAAUAUUUCAAGAGAAUCUUAGAAAUUGAACCAAUUUGUCCACUUUGUUAAAAAUAAGUACGUCCAUAAGAUUUAAAAGAAGUAUUUAAAUUUUAUUUAUUUCAAUUUUAGGUAACAAAAGAAGAAGUACUUAAAUUAAAGAGAAAGGCUGUAAUAGAUGACAAAAAAUAAUGA